ACGGAGAUACUGUGUAUAAAAGGUGCAGUUGUACCUUAUCCAAGGACACAUAGCUGGUGCUGCUGACCCCUGCCCCAGAAGGCCCCAUGGAGGUCACGGUGCCCCAGCCUGUGAAGCAGGAGGGCCAGGCUGCCGAGGGCCUGAUCUUGGACUCACCAUGGCACCGGUUCCGCCACUUCCACCUGGGUGAUGCACCGGGUCCCCGUGAGGCGCUGGGCCUGCUCCGUGCCCUGUGCCGAGACUGGCUCCGGCCUGAGGUGCACACCAAGGAGCAGAUGCUGGAGCUGCUGGUGCUGGAGCAAUUCCUGAGUGCCCUCCCUGCUGACACUCAGGCCUGGGUGUGCAGCCGACGGCCCCAGAGUGGUGAGGAAGCUGUGGCCCUGCUGGAGGAGCUCUGGGGACCAGCAACCUCCCCAGAUCGGUCGUCAGCGAUGAGGGCACCUCGGGAUAUGGCAGAAGGCUCCGGGGUCAGUGUUGGAAAGGAAGAUAGUGAUAGCGGGAUGAUUCCCCUAGCAGGAGAUACGGCCCCUGGGGCUGAGGUGCCGACGACAGGGGACGCCCAGGCCGUGCGCCCCUACAAGCAGGAGCCGGGCAGCCCCCCGCUGGCCCCGCUGGCGCCCAGCCUGCCCACUUUCCUGGCGGCCCCGGGCGCCACAUCCUGCCCGGAGUGUGGCAAGACGUCCUUGAAGCCAGCCCACCUGCUGCGCCACCGGCAGAGUCACUCGGGCGAGAAGCCGCACGCCUGUCCCGAGUGCGGCAAGGCCUUCCGGCGCAAGGAGCACCUGCGGCGCCACCGCGGCACACACCCUGGCGCCCCCGGGCCGGCCCUGCGCCCGCUGCCCGCUCGCGAGAAGCCCCACGCAUGCUGCGAGUGCGGCAAGACCUUCUACUGGCGUGAGCACCUCGUGCGCCACCGCAAGACCCACUCAGGCGCGCGACCCUUUGCCUGCUGGGAGUGCGGCAAGGGCUUCGGGCGCCGCGAGCACGUCCUACGCCACCAGCGCAUCCACGGCCGCGCGGCUGCCAGCGCACAGGGGGCGGCCGUGCCUGGCCCCGAGGGCGGGGGCCCCUUCCCGCCCUGGCCCUUGGGGUAGCCACUGCCACCCUGCUGCCCUUGGUGCUGCCCACCCGGCAUCCCUCCUCUCCCACAGCCCUCCCCCAGCACCACUUGCUCUCCCCCUCUGUAUCUCCCCUUCCUCUUACCUCCUUCUCUCCUCCACUUUCUCCUCCCUUGUCUAAACUUCCCAGUGCUUCCUUCUUUAUUCUUUCCCAACUCCAUCUGUCCCAAAUCUCACUUUACUGUUCAGGUUUCACCUCUGCCCUCCUCUUAUCUCUUCCGCUUGGGAAGGGAGCCUCCUCGAAUGUCCUCUUUCCCUUCCCUUCUCCUCCUCUCUCUGUCCUGCAGCCCAUCCUCCUUCGUCCUCCAUCCCUCCCUACCCUUUCCCUGCUGUGGACCCUGAGAGGCACAGGAGAAGAGGAGCUCAGGGAAGGAGCAGCAGGCGGGGCCCCCUUUGAUGGAGGAAGCUGAAGGAAAAGGGUCUGGAUGUUGUCCCUGGAAUGCCCCCUCCCCAGGACAGAUUUGGGGGUUGCUGGGAGAGUGGAAGGGAGGGGGUGAUGUUCUGAGAAGCUGGACCCAGGGCUCCUUGAUCUUGCUCUCCUCUCUGUAACCAGAAGGCAUGAGAUGGACAGAGGUACCUGCUUGUGGGAAGCUCCUCAGAAGACAAUUCACCAGCAUCAUAGAGUAAUAAAGUUGCUGACCCGGUGUGUAGACA